AUGAAUCAUAGAACAUUAGACCAAUAUUAUUGUAUAUUAUUAUAUGUAGAAUAUAAACUUGGACAAUAUUUUGAUAUUUAUAUGAACGAUAAUAAACUUUUAGUAUUAUCAGAGAUACAAUCAUUAGGAAAUAUUGAAAGUGGUACUAUUCAUUUUGUAUUAACUGAAAGUAAAGUUAAAAAAAGAAAAUUACCAAAUAGUGGAAAUUGGAAACAAAAUGGUGUUGAAGUGAUAAUAUCAAUUGGAUCAAUGACUAAAAGUUUUAGUUCAUCAAAGAGAACAUUAACUUAUCAAGAUGAUACAGCAAUUAAACUCUGGGAAUAUUCAUUACUUGUCAAUUGGAAUCGUUACAUAUAUCAAGUUGUAAUUCGUCAUUACCUUCGUGAUGACCUUUCAAUACCAAAGAAUCAAAAAUAUACAACUGAAUCUGUUAAACUCUCAAUUAAACCAAAACCAUUAUUAAUUAAUUUUUUAAAUAAAUUUUAUAAUCAAAAUAAUCAAAAUAAUCAAAAUAAUAAUAAUCAAAAUAAUUAUAUAUCAAAUUUAUUAAAACAACCAUCAAUUCAAUUUGAUUGUUUGGAUUACCAAUUCAUUGAUAGCAUUAACUCAUAUCUCGUAGAUUUAAAAAUACCACACAUUCCAAAUAAUGUUAAUUUCACUUUCUCAAAUGAUGAUGACUAUCCAACCAAAAAAAAGAAAAGACCUGCCAAAAAAAUAAAACAAGAAAAAUUACAACAACAACAACAUCAACAACAACAUCAACAUCAACAACAACAACAACAACAAAUUAAUAAUAAUAUUAAUAAUAAUAAUAACAUAAUAAAUAACAAUACUAUUAAAAGCCAUGAUUUACAAAUCCAAAAGAAUAAUAUAAUUUUACCCCAACCAUCUCCACCAACUCAAUAUUCUCCACCAUUAUCACCAUCACCACCAUUACAACAACAAUACCUUUUUCAUCAAAAUAAAUCGGUUCAAUAUUAUACUGAAAGAUCUUUUCCAAUUUUAUCAAACUUAUUUCCAAAUUAUAUAAAUCAAUCAUCGCCAUUACUUCCACCACCAUUUCCACCACCACAGCAAUCACAUGAAAAAGAAAAAGAAAAAGAAAAAGAAAAAGAAAAAGAAAAAGAAAAACAAUCACCAUAUUCAGAAUCAAUCAUUUCAAUAAACAAUUAUAAUAAGAAAUCAUUUCAGGAAAAUAAUAAUACUAGUAUUAAUGAAAAUAGUAACAACAACAACAACAAUAAUAAUAUUAAUAAUAAUAAUAAUAUAAAUAACAAUGAUAAUUAUAAAUUAAAUAUACACUUUAUUAAUAUUCCAUUUUGUGAAAAUUAA